CUCAAAAAAAAAAAAAAAAAAAAAAUCGUCUCUGUCUCUCUCUCUCUCGUUAAAAAAAAAAAGUUCUAGUCUUUUAUUGGACUGUAUUUCAAAUACUCCUCCUAUACCUACCGCCUAUGCUGGAUUUUCCUCGGUCUCUUUCUCCAGCCACGGACAAAGCUGAUUAGAAAUUUUUGUAAUGUAAACAAGCAAUAAUGGCAAGCUCAACAAGCAGUGGGAGCAGCAGAGAAGGUACGGCCAAAGCCAUGGUAGCCGAUCAGAUCUCUCAGGCCGUUCAGUCCACCUCCAAUCUCCUCCACCUCAUGCAGCAAUCAUCUGUUUCUCAGGCCCAACUGAUAAAGCUUCCAAAGAACCUUUUGGCAAAAACCUCUACAAUCAAGAAUACUGGGCAAGUUUUAGAGCAGAUGCCUCGAGUAAUUUCAUCCUUGGAUGCACAUAUGGAGAAAGGAUUACAAAGUGUUCCUCAUCUACAAACCGUAAUCCAGUUACUUGAAAAUAUCAAAAGCUUCCAGCUUAAUUCUCUCUCUCAAGCUCAUCUUUCUCAGGAGGAACAUGAAUUGGCAAGACCUUCUGAGGUGCCGUAGUUGACUGAACUUUGAUGCACAGUUUGCUGACUGAAAUAUCAGUUCAAUGCAGUAACUGAUGUGAUGGCAGACUGUCUAAUCUACCUCGGAUGAUCGACACCUUUGAUGGUCACAUUGAUUUAUAUGUGUUCUCACUGUAACAUUGAACCUAACCAGAAAUCAUUUGUUUGAACAUAAGAGUAUGUUCCAUCUUGUAAUGUCUGUUCUGUAAAUGUCCCGAUCUAGUGAUAUUGAUCUACGAUGAAUGUAACCAGGGACGGCUUGAUGUA